UGCAAUGUUUUCUGCAAGUAUUUUAAAGAACAGUGGCUGGAGUGCAGUGGUGAUAGUAAGAUUAUUUGCUUUACUUCAGGUGGAUAAUAAAAGGCAAGAUUUGGAAAUCCAAGACAGUAACAAAAUCGAUGUUGUGAAGUUGAGUCGCUUUGUCCGAAUCAAUGAACUCCGUUGGGUGACUGAGUACAACCCCAUGACUGCAGUAGGCCUCUUUAAUAGUGCUGUUCAGACCCAUCUUCUUCUAUUCAGUGACAAGACCUCCCCACUGCACACUGAGAGGAUUAACAAGUACCGUGAAGCAGCAGUAGCCUUUCAAGGCAAGGUUCUUUUUAUCCUGGUGGACAUCAAUGCCAAGGGUAAUGAUCAGGUUCUGUCUUAUUUUCACUUAAAGAAGUCCCAGCUGCCUGCACUGGCUGCCUACUACACUGCAGAUGAAGAGCAGGAUGUGCUGCCUCUGGAUGAAGUCUCUCUGGAGAGAAUAAAGGAUUUUUGUAAUGCCUUCUUGGAGAGAAAGGAAGGAAAAAAAAGCCUUAAACCAGAAGACAAACUCUUCAGAGAGGAACUCUGACUUCUGUCCCACUCUACAAAGAAAUAUGUCAACUGUAAUUACUGUAAUCACAAUAACCUGUAAGAAUGUCUCCCCUGUACCAGGUUGCCAUAUCCUAUCAAAUUAU